AUGAAGUCGGCGAGGAUUCCGUGUAAUUUGGUGACGGGUGAAGAGGUUAUUGAGGAGUUCGACGAGACUGGACGGCCAGCUGGACUGUGUAGUGGUACUGUAGAGAUGAUGGAUAUCAACAGACAGAUGGAUGUUGCAGUGUUGGAUGAGAUCCAGAUGAUUGAUGACGCCGAGAGAGGGUGGGCGUGGACCCAGGCGUUUUUGGCGGUGCAAGCCAGGGAGAUUCAUCUCUGUGGUGAUCCUAAUACUGAGGAGCUGGUAAGAAAACUGGCAGCACAGGCUGGUGAUGAGCUCGAGGUUGUUAAUUAUACACGACUCAGUCCGCUUGAAAUCGAGAAGCGAGAGUUGGGUGACGACUUGCAGAAAUUACAGCCUGGUGAUUGUCUUGUAUUCUUCUCGAAAAGACACAUUCUGGCUGCUAAGAACAUUAUUGAGGCCGAGACUGGUGAUAAAUGUGCUGUAAUUUACGGAUCAUUACCAGCCGAGACAAGAUCUAAACAGGCUGAGCUGUUUAAUGAUCCAGACAGCGAUGUUAAAUACCUGGUGGCCAGUGAUGCUAUUGGUAUGGGACUGAACUUGGCAGUAAGAAGAAUCAUUUUUUCUCGAGUACGCAAGUUUAAUGGCCAUGAACUCAUCAAACUUCCAAUUGCACAAGUAAAGCAGAUUGCUGGUCGUGCUGGUAGGUUUCAAACAGCUCCGUCUAAAGAUUCUCGUGACACUCGAUCAACUGGUAAUGUCGGUUAUGUAACAUCGUUGCAUGCUCAUGAUAGAGAGUACAUUGAACAAUGUCUAGCAUUGCCAUCACCUCCAGUUAAACAGGCAGCGUUCUUCCCUUCGGACACUAUUAUUCAAGAGUUUGCACACUUUAUUGGUCCACAGAGUCCGUACCAUCAGAUGCUGGCGCGACUGGAAGCGUCUAUCAAACUACCUCCACUAUACAAGUUUGUAGAUUUGUCCAACAUGAUCACCACAUCCAAGAUAUUUGCCAAUAUUCGAGGAUUGCUGUUAGAAGAGAUGAUGACACUGGCAAAAGCGCCAGUCAGUUCGACAGACGAACGAGUCAAGAGCGCGUUCUACUCCUUCUGUUUAGUAAUUGCCAACGGCCAGUCGAAAACUAUUACCGAGAUCCCUAAUACAGGAGUAGGAUACCUUGGUAUGUCAGUGAUUCCAAACGCAAGACCCUCUGACACUUUCGAAAGCAUUCACCGCGUUUUGUCGCUCUAUUUAUGGCUGUCGUACCGGUUCCCCACCCACUUCCUCGACCGUACAGGAGCCAUGCAACUGAAAGAGCUCUGCGAAACCAAAAUCAACGACCUCCUUAAGAAAUCACCCUCCAUCAGCCGGAUCGUGGGUCGCAAAAAGGCCAAAUCCUUCAAAGCCACAGCCCUCCACGACGACUCCGAGCCCCUCAACCACCUCCAGCCUCCAUCCCCCCGCCGACCACGAGCUCCCACCCGUCGUUACUCCUCCUUCUAA